CGCCAGAAAGGCAGAAACUAAUAAUCCGUACAAAAUAUUACGAUAUUUCGAUAAUAACACGCAGUAAAAGGAUCCAUUUUCUCCUGUGCUGAGCCAAUAGUUUUUCAAUUCUGCGAAAAAUAGCAAAAUUAGGGUUCAAUUCCAGUUCAAAUUAGACGAAGCCCACGGUUAAUUGCCAAGCCAUAAUCCCAAAUUUAAUCUCUAAAUUUGAUUAUUGCUUCUGGAGCAUUUUCAAUUGGAGAGCAAACGAGAUUCGUGCUCCGCAGGAGCAUAAUUUACCUAUUGGAUUUCUCUCCGUUUGAUCGACUAAGCUCGACCUCAUAGAACUAAUGCUCUACUCAUGUACUGGGUGCUAAUUGAUGGAUUCAGAUAGCAAGAACUUUGGAAGAGGGCCAAGAGAACUUACAGGUGCUCGUGACCUUAUUAGUCAUUUCAAGUUGUUGCCUCAUUACGAGUUCUUCUGCAAGAGGUCACUUCCGUUAUCGAUUUCAGAUACACGUUAUCUUCACAAUGUGGUUGGAGACAGAGAAAUUAGGAAAGGGGAGGGGAUGCAGUUGGAUCAGCUCACACAGGACACUUCCUUUUCGAAAGAGACAAAAUCAUGCAUCCGGCCCUUUGACUUAGAUGUCCUUAGAGAAGCCUUCCUACUACGUGAAACGGCUCCAGUCGAUUUGUCUCCUUCUGAGAAAGGCAUCCCUACUAUAGCUGGAAAAUCUAAAAGUGAGAUGAAAGACAAGGAGAAGAAGCAUAAAAAGCACAAGGAUAAAGACAAGGAGAAGGACAAAGAGCAUAAUAAGCACAAACAUCGUCAUAAAGAUCGGAGUAAAGAGAAAAAGAAAGAUAAAAGUGGGCACCAUGAUCCUGGUGCUGAGCAUUCGAAGAAACAUGAGAAGAAAAGGAAGCAUGAUGAUGAGGAUCUUAACGGUGUCCACAAACACAAGAAAAGCAAGGUAAACUCAAAAAUAUUGAGUUAUAUUAUUUUCUUUACUAUACUGCAACCUUGUUUAUUAAAAAAAAAGUAUAUCUGCAAACUUUAAAUUGUGAUCCAAACUCAUUGCAUGUGCGGUCUGAUCCCUACACAUACAUUCACCUUUUACUAAUAGCUCCAUCAUCUUACAUCCUGAAAUGUUGAGGCACAAGAGCUCAAAUAUUGAUGAGAUUGGUGCAAUAAAGGUAGCCGGCUGAAAUGUGCAUGUGGUUCAAUAAUUUAUAGUGUCCUCAGAUUUCGCAGUUGAAAAUUUGGAGAGUUCCUUUACUUACAAUUGUGAAAUAUCAGAAGUUCAUGUCCUGACAUAUCCCAUUAAUUGAAGAACUUUAUGGCAUGCGCUAAUGUUGCCAUUUCAUCAUCAUAGUGAGACUGUUCAGUCGAAGUCAUGGCUGGUCAGAUGGGUCGAACAUUUGUGUGCAUUCAUGAGUGCGGUCUGGCGGUGUUGGUUUAUUUAUUUCAAGCUUUGUUUUCCUUUUCUGAAUAGUCCACCUUGGAAAAAGCAGGCAGCAAUAAAGGAGAAACAUCUGCAUGGCUAACAGAUAUUCCUGCCUCUUUUGGAUGUCGAAUCAAGUUUUCUUCUCAUGGAAGCCAAGUAGAACUAUCUUAUACUCCCUCUGGUUCUUGUUCUUUGUUGUUUAAUUUUUUGACACACCUAUUGAAAAAACCACUAUAUAACAUUAAUCAUCAGUGAUAUUUUAUUAAAGUACCCUAAUCUCUUCCUUAAACAAGUAAUUAAUGACUAUAUGUCUUCUUGGAGUAGUAACAGUGGAAUUGAAAAUGGACCGGAAGCAGUAGUAAUGACUGUAUGCCUUUUUAAUUUGUAUAAUGACAAAUUAUUUGAAAUAAUUUUUUUUUUGGCUUAGUGACAAAUAAAAAGGACCAGAGGAGUAGUAUUAAUAAGUUUAAAUUUUUCUUUCCAUCGAUCGAAGUCCCUAGAAAUAGAUUCACACAGAAAAAACCUGGAUCAACAUUCACAAUGUAACAGAGUAAAGGAAAGUCUAUCUUGGUGCUUUUUAACAUUA